GGCACUCUCCGGGUCUGCAGCCACGUCCGCGUCUCGUCUCUCCGAGGGAGCGCAGGCCAGGCCACUCCCUCCGCCGCCGCCGCCACCGUCGCCGGGCUCGCCCUCUUCAUCCUCUCCCCCUUCCCGGCCGCUACUGAAUUCUCCAGAGCCCAGACCAGUGUCCCCACAUCCUUGGCUCGUUUGCAGUAGCAGGAACGUCCAACCCUCUCUCUACCCGCCAUGUUCCCACCACCGAAUGCCUUCGGACCGCCGCGGCCUCCUCAGCCUCCGCCAUGGCAGUGGCAGCAGCCACCUUUCCAGCCCGCGCUCCCGGCGGCGGCGCCCCCGGCCAGUUCCUUUUGGCAGAGCAACAACGUGCGGGAGCACGUGAAGAAGCUGCAAGAGACUGUCGCGAUUUCAAGAGCUCUGAUAGAUGAGCUAGAGGAAAUUCAACAUGCUAGGAAUUCAGUCGAUGCUGGAGCACAAGAACCAGAGUCCUCUGCGGUAGAAUUGUCUUCAGGGUCUGGUGGUUCCUCUGCAGACAGGCCCCGUCGUUUUAUUGAGCUCGCUAGUGAAAUGAAGAUUAGUCAAGACACUCAUGAAUCUCUGGCGACAGAUGCAGCUAAUUAUCUCUGUUCACAGCUUCAGCACCUCCUGGCACCUAUUUCUCCUGCCAUCAACCAAGGGGGUCCUUGGGAAGAAAGAUCGGCAAUGGUUAGGUUAGCUCAGAAGCUGCAGAAAUCCAAGAGAAAUAAGCGAUGGAGGAAGAGGAAAAGAAAGCACGUAGCAGAGCUUUUCCAGAAGGAGCAUGCAGAUUUUGACAGAAUUGAUCAGGAAGCUGAUGAAUGGAGAGCUAGGCAAAUUGCGAAUGACAUUGCAAAACGCAAGGUGGAAAGCAUGAAGCAAAUUGCCAAGAAGAAAGCAAACGAGGAAAGAAAACGUCUAGAGUCUGAGCUUGAGCUUGCACUAAUGGUGGAGAAACUACAGGAGCUUCGCUCUAUAAGGGUUCAGAAACUGAAGAAACAAGGCCAUUUUCUGCCAGAAGAGGAUGAUAAAUAUCUUGAGCGUGUUAAGGCUGCAGUUGAGGAAGAGGAGCGCCAAGCUGCAACUGCUGCUCGAACUGAUUCUGCUAAGGAUGCUAUUCUCACUGCUGAGGAAUCAAGGAAGGCUUCUCAUCUUAAAACUUCUCAAGAAGAUGGUUCUGAACAACCUAAGAGUGGGUUAACACCAGAACAGAACCAAGGAGAUGCAAGUAUAAGUGACAGAAGUGAUUGUGCAAGUCAAAAUACACAACAUGAAGGUCAAAACGUUGAGAUAAAAGGGCUUGGACAUUCUGAAUCUGUUACCAAUCUGCCUUUUGAGUUCUACCACUAUUAUCAUGGAAGUAGUUAUGACAUGGGGACACUCAUUGAGGUCCGCAGAAUGUGGGAUUCUUUUAUCAGACCUGGAGGAAGCCGCAUUCCUGGGCACUGGGUUCAGCCACCCCCUCCAGCUGAUGAGGUAUGGGCAUCAUAUUUGGUGCAGCCCAAGUGAAACCUAUUGGAUUCUAGCAUUGGUUCUUCUGCCCACUCAUUGGAACCUUUCAAGGCAAGGUAAGCCAGUUCACUUUUCCUCUGGCAACUUCAGGGUCUAUGCAAGGUCAAAGCAUUCAGUACUUUCAGAUGAACAAGAACAUCUUAAUAGGAUUGCUAAUGGAUCAUUGCAUUAGUUUCAGCGAAUGGCGACAGUGAACAAGAGGAUUCACUAUACGAGUGACAAGAUGUUGACUGCCAUUAUGCAGACUCUGGUUCUACAAAGAAGUGACAGGAGAAACCUGCAAAAUGAAAGAGUACAUAUAGACUACAGAGUGGUGCUUGACUAUGAAAGGUAAUUUUGUAGCAUGCCAAAUGGCCAGCAUAACUAUCCAUUACUUUGCCAUGCACGCUACUUCCAGCAAUUCUACGCUUAUUGUCCUUUCAAUCACUUAAUGAGGAUUCUGGUGGUACCAUUGA